GAUCCACGUCUCCAGAAUCCAAGGAUCUCCAGCAUUACUGUCUGCUAGCCAGGUCUCUCCCAGGCCCCCCUUCCCAAUCAUCAGGAGAACAGGGGCCAGGACUUUGGCCGACGUCAAAGCCAGGGCUAGAAUGGCCAGGGCCCAGCGAGCAGCUGCUGCAGCCGAAGCAGCCGCAGCAGCCGCCAUUGCUGCUACUUCUGCCUCCAUUGUGGAAGCCAUCCCAGGCCCGGGGCCAGGAGGGGGGAAAGGAGAGGACAAGAGCAGUGCACUCUCAGGGAGGCCUCAUGGAGCUACAUUGGACAUGGCAGGCUCUGGAAGCAGGACAAGUCCAAAAAGGCUUUUCCCCUCUUGCCCAGCCCCUUUCUCCCCCGCAGACUCCCCGGCUCCAGAACCAGCAGCUACAAGCAGUGCUGCUAGAGCACAACUACAGCCGGCUCCCCCAGCACAAUCCAGAACUGCAAGCAGCAACCCAGAGGCAGCGAGGGCGUCGAUCUCGCAACCAGCAAUAGGGAGUGUCAACUGUACAAAUCCCAGGAUUUUGACUGUGCCUGCCACUCAGGAUGUCACAGCUUCUUUGGGCUCAACAGCUGAUCUUGCUUCCGUGAUGGAGAAACUUAGAAAUAAACCUCUUGCUCUGAACCAGGUUACAAGAACAUCCUGUGGUUUUGAGCCUGCUGUAAACUGCAAAAGUGUAUCGAAAACAGCUUCUACUGCCAGCACAGGUGUUCCAGAAGACAAAGUCAGGACCUCGCUUUCUGUAUCUCCUGUGUUGGCUGGACCCUUUAAGGCACCCUCUCCCCUGUCUUCCCCAUGUGGCACUCUGCCCACGUCCACUUUACCUUCUCCUUCCCGUCAUACUUUGUUGGUAGCCCAUAGCCCGAAAGUCCCCCCAAGCUCCUCAGGUUCAAGUGGAAGUACCUCUGCAGUAAAGGCCAGCUCCAAUAUACCUGCUAAUAAUCCUCUGGUGACUCAGCUGCUGCAAGGUAAAGAAGUCCCAAUGGAGCAGAUCCUCCCAAGGCCUCUGACAAGAGUUGAGAUUAAGACUGUUGCACAACCUGUGAAGGAAGGCAAAGCAACCACAAUUGUUUCGAGGCCUGGCCCUCCAAGGGAAGGGGAAGGACAGCUGCACAUCACUUUCCCAGCAGGUGGGAAGCCAAACCUUAGUCGCUGUGGACAAUCCCAAGAUCCCCCACCCAUAUCCUCUUUAUCAGGGCAGGACUUGUGGAGCAAGCCUACAGACCUCCACAGUAGCCAGGAAACUUUAGGCAAGAGUGCCCAAGAUCAUAUUCCCCAGACUGUCAUGCAGAAACUCCCUGCGCAGAGCCUCCCUGCUGCUGCUUCUCCCCCUCCACGUCUCCCCCUCCUCCCCCCACAUUUCCCAGUAGAGAACAGCUCCACCAGCCAAAGUUUCACACUGGGAUUCAUAGGGAGAAGGACAUUCAAGCCUGCCAUGUCUGGCCAUUACCUCCUGAAUGUUUCUACCUACGGGCGCUGCCCAGAGAACCUAAGAAGAAACCUUGCCCAGCCCCCAGAGAGCCACCUACGUUCAGAUGAGCCCCCAAAGAAAUUAGAGGAACAGAAGCAUCCACCUGGCAAUAACAUUAGCAGUGGUGAAGAUGAAGGGGACACAGAUGGCAAUGUGGCUCCGCAGGCAACAGUACAUCUCAAGGUUAAAGAGGAACCUCUGGCUCCAGGAAGAGGAGGAGGAAGGCAGGCAGCUUCAAAGGUAAAACUGGAGCAGGCAGCAAUAAGCCACAAGGAUGGAAACAUUUGCUUAUUCCCAGCAGGUCAAGACUAUGCUGAAAGCAACUCAGCAAAAGAUUUUAUUCAGGAUGCCCAAGUGGUUCAGGCAACUAGAGGAGAAAGGAGAUCUUGCAGUGGGGAACUUCAAACUUGUGCUCCAGGAAAUGUUACCCCACAGCGGCCCCUGCUGCUCUCGCCCUCACCCUCUCAGCUCUUUGGAAACCCUACUCCUGCGCAACUUAUUGGACCCGGCUACAGUGGCACGAUUAACGUUUCCACUUCUCCAGACAUGCAUCAGGAUGCUCUCCUGACUGGACUGUCGGACCCCAGCCGCAUGGGGGAUGUAGUGUCCUUCUCUGUAACUGUAACAGCUAUCCCUGCUAGCCACUCAUCAAAUACUGGUAGCCAUGGGCAAUCUCUGCGUGGCCAGGCUUUUGCAGAAGAUGGCGGCUUGGAGGACUUGCCCUCCAAGUGCUACUGUCGCUUGAAAGCCAUGAUUGUGUGCAAGGGCUGCGGGGCCUUCUGCCAUGAUGACUGUAUUGGGCCCUCCAAGCUCUGUGUCUCCUGUCUCGUCGUGCGGUAGCAGGGUUUUUCUAGAUGGCAUCUCAUCUAAGGGAGCAGGAAGGGCAUGCUGCUGAGUCAAGAGUCCCUGUCCUUAUCCCACUCCACAGUUCCCUUGGUUUCCUUGAGAAUGAAGAAAGCACCUUGGAUGAAUGGCUGAACCCAGUGGGACAAGUGUGUGCACUUAAGGAAUCAUGUAAAUAUGUUGCAUUGUUUUGUCUAAAAGAUUAUUUUUUCCCUCAACUUUGAGAUAAAUCUGUGGAUGUGAACCUCAUGCUCAUUUUGCCUCUUGUGCUAUAGUAGCAGAAUUCUAGCCGAGUAAGUCCCUCUUCACUUCCAGUCCCCCUGUUUCCCAUAGGGCCUGAUCUGCCUCCACCCUGCUACCAUUGUGGCCUCCGUGUUUUUCUUUCAAUGGACUUGCCAAAUGUCCUAGUGAAACACAGUGGUUGAGACUAUUACAUCAUCAGCCGAAAGCAACAGGAGCAUACAAAAAGUGAGCAGACAGCCUACUGCCCAGUUGAAUUUUGUUGCAUUGCUGUUUAUAGUAAACAAUUCUUCUUUACUAUAUAAAAUCACCUUGAGGAGAGGCAGAGGCCGCGUACUGCAGAUCAUCAGAAUUUGCAGGGCAGAAUGGGGCUUCAUGGAGAUGGUCAGUUUAUAGCCCUGAAUUAACCAAUGGCAGCAAUGAUGAUUUUUAUUUUCUUGUAUGAAAUGGGUAUGCUUAGCCUUUGGAUUUCAAUCAAGAUACAGCAGCACAAACUCAUUUGGUCCCAGGCUCUAGAUUCCCAUUUUUUUCAAGAAGAAAAAUGUCUCAGUGAGGUAAAUGCUGUAGAAUAGAGUGGGUGAAAUGGUUCAGUUUUUUUUUUUAACAUCAAGCCAUAAUUUUGGGUCAGCUUGUCAGCUUCUGGAAUCAGCUCUGACUCAAAUAAUUGAAGAUUUCAAGCUGAAAAAGAUAGUGGGGCCUUGUUAUUCCCUUGUGUAUAUUCUUCAAUUGCACACUAAAGGUGUGGAGCAUUAUAUUUAGAAGCAGAAUUGAUCCUGCUCAGAAUCAGCAUAUUUAAAAGAAAAUGGAGUUUCUAGACAUGGAUUUCACGUAGAGAAGGAAGGAAGGAAGGG